AUGUCAUUCAAGAAAUCAAAAUGGCAUUGUCCCUUUAAAUUAACUAGACGAACACUUACUUUGGAACAAGAAAAUUUGCUUGAAUAUCAACCGAAAACACUCAAUAAACAUAAUGAAUGGCGUCGACAAUUUUUACCGAUGUUUCCAAAGCUAUCCAAUCAACAUACACAAAAUGUACCAUUACUUUUAGCUAGUGUACCGGCAGAAAAGUUAUCUGUUAUUGAAUUGCUCCGACGAUCUCCUGGUAUUCAUCCAGAUCCGUGGAAUUCAAAAUAUGACACACAAAAUUCGUCUUAUGUCUAUCUUCUAUAUGGAAAUUUACUUAAUCCUUUAAAAACACGUUUCAAUGUCGAUACAUCUAUUCUUGAUUAUAAUUUAUAUCGACUUCAUCAUAUCAUUGAACUUUUUAUUAAUAAAUAUCGUACGUAUGAAGGUUCAGAUUUUCUAUUUGAUCAUCAUUUUCAAGUGCCUGGACAUGACAAAUUUUUACGGCGAUUACAUACAAAUGAAUUAAUAAUGUUCUUAGAAUUCUUCUUACAAAUAGAUGUGGAUACUUUCUUCAUGAAGACAUGCACAUUUCGGAUAACUGACGGAUUAUUCAUCAAAUCUGGCUUAUUCUGUACGGAGGAAAUAACUAAUACGUUAGGCCAUGAUAUGAAACCAUGUCAACAAUUGUUUUGUACUUUAUGUCAGGCAGAGGAUGAUUCAGAUUCUACUAGUUGUACUACAAUUAAAUUUUCAACAUCAGGACAAAAGCAUCGUUUUGUUAAUGGUUAUGAAGCCAUAUUAAAUUGUCCAGCAAAUUGUCAAACGAAUAAUAUAAUUUAUGUUUUAACAUGUGUCUGUGGUGAAUACGAUUAUAUUGGCUCCACACAAUAUACAUUAAAUGAAGUCAUCGAAUACCAUCGACACCAUUCCAACCGACUUAUCAUUGAAUAUUUAUUAAAUGGUGAACCAUUUUUAGUUCCAUGUAUUUGUACUCAAAAUGAACUCAAUAAGCAACGUGCCAAUAAACAACGUCUCUAUCAACAUUUUACACAUUGUACAAAAGCUUUACAAUUAUUUCUGCAAUAUAAUCCUGAAUACUGGCCAUUCGUACCGAUGAAAGUUGCUGAUGCACAAUUCGACGAUUUAUCUUACAAAAAUAUGGCCGAUGAUAAUAUAACAGAAGAUUCGAUAAAUAUUCAAAAUGUUUAUCCUACUAAUGUUCCAAAACCACCAGCAGGCUAUACUUUUUCACAACGUCAACUAGCUGAACAACGUCAAUUUUUUACAAAUUUUCAUCCACGACAUUAUCAGUUCUAUUCAACACUCGAUCUUUAUCGGGCUACUAUUGUUGCUGUUCUGCCAUUUCCAUGUUCUAUAAUGUUCCGACAUUUGAUUGAGAUUUUAUUUGUUACUCAUGCAGAAACGAAACUAAAUUGUUACAAUUUAUUUACUAGUGCAACUGAUCUUUUAUAUGGUUUACCUUAUAGUCAAGGUAGAAUUUGGUGUGAAAAUUUAUUAAAUCCAUCAGUAGCUCGCUUUUUUCCAUCCAAUGAUACAACAACAUUUAUAAAAACGGAAAAAUAA